UCGUGAUGCGUUGUAUCACUGUUGGCGGGCCCAGCUGGGUUGCCUAUAAUGCGGAUUGUGAAGAAAUUAGGGAUUUCUUUCGUUCUGUCGUUAGUAUGGACUUGCGACAGGCUGGAGAACGAGUCUCGACGAAGAGCGUCUUGUGGUCUUAUACGGCAUUGAGGGAAUUUGUGUGGUUUCGAUCUCAUUCCAUACAUUAGCGAAAACUGAUUAUUGACUUGUCUUAGGCCCUUUCUAAUAAUGUUCCUGUAUGCCGGAAGCGCGGCCUACACUCUCUUCGUCUACUUCCUCACUACGACUCGCUAAAGGUGCAUAUGCCGCUUUGGGUAUCAUUACUUGUCAACUUUCGUCUGUACCGUGAAAAAUACAGUAUCCUC